CUCCCUGUUCUUCACAGCUCGAGGAGGUAUUCGGCGUGUUGAGGACGCCUGGCGCAGCCAGCUAUCUAUUUGCUGUCGAAAACACGGUGUUCGGCCUCUGAGCGAGGAUGCUGCAGCCUUCGGCGUCCUCAUGGCAGGCCGCCCUGCCAUUCGUCGACUCAUUAGAGGGUCUAGGGCCCUACACACAGCUAUUGGCCGUGGCGGGCGCCCUGUCCCUGCUGCUGCUGCUGGCGUACCUCGUGAGCCUUCUGCAGAAGCCCGUCGCAUCUGUGUCUGGUGAGGCUCAGCCGUCGGAGAAUGGCGAGGAGAAGGAGGGGGGAGCGAGCCCGAGCAUCAGGGCAGCGCCGAUUGGCCGAAUGCUCAAGAACAUGUCGGCUCAGAGCCUGCAGGCGCUCUUCUACCGCUCGCUUUCUGCGAACAGGGGCAUGGCCGACACAAGUAAGUAAACCACAUGUCGACGGAUGCAUCGAGGGAGGGAGGGAUGGCACCGUGCUGUGCCCACCAGCGUUGAUUGAUUGACUAAUCUGUGCUGUUUAUGUGUCCUAUAUGUAUCUCCUGCAACGAUCUUUGGUCAGGUUCUUCGCCUCGCGAGACGAGAUCUGAGUGUCCGUCGCCCUACCCCUCUCUGCCACGGCACCGCAACCAGCGGCCCCCACAAAACGGAGCCGACAGAUAUGACAUACUCAACAAGUAACUAAUAUGCAUCACACUCACACACACACACACAGAAAGGGCCGCAUCGCCUCCCCUCCCCACCUGCCCGUCUGUGUGUCUGUGCACACGUGUGUGGGUCUGUCUGUCUGUCUGUCUGUCAGGUAUCACCACUACUUGUACUUCUACCCCCGUGCUUUAUCAGCGCCAUUCUUCAACCCCCUUCUGCAUCUGCAGCCCCCUAUAGGCGGCCGCUUCUCUUUGCUGGGUCGGCGGGAGUCCCAGCAGCAGCCUUUGCAGGGGCUGGGCCCCAUGCACCCACAGUAUCUGCUCUCGGACCGAGGCAGCUGGCUUUACACCAGGAGGUGGCUGCACAACGCCGCCGACCCCACACACAAGACCAAGGCCAUCAUAUUCCUCGCACACGGAUGGGGUAACACAGACGCACUCAUGGACGGACAUUUUCUCUCCAUAUGAUAUCAUGUGUUUUGCUGUGUGGCGUGUGGUGUGGUGUGUUGUGUUACGUUGCCCUCUCUCCCCUUUCGUCCCCCCGUAGGUGAGCAUGGGUCUCGUUACGAGCAUGUGUGUCAGGAGCUGGCCCGUCGGGGGUUUGACGUGUACAACAUGGACUUCGAGGCACACGGCCAGUCGGAGCAGCCACACGGAUGUAUGGCAUACUUCAAGGCCUUCUCAGACCAUGUCAACGACAUGCACAAAUUCGUCCACACCGGUCAGUCAGUGCACUGCACUGGGCGCAGCAAGGGAGGGAUGGCAGAAUGCUGCAAGUGUGUGUGCGUGUGGUUGUAGUCAUGUCGAAUCGUCCUGACGCGCCUUUUGUGCCCAAGUACAUUGUCGGCCACAGUAUGGGCUCACUCGUCUCCUUCCACCUAUGCCUCCAGGUAGCUACACAGAGUACACACACUCGUGUAUGUGUUGAUCCAUCCAUCCAUCCCUGGGUGUGUGUGUGUGUGUGCAGCAUCCCCGUCUGUUUGACGGUUUGGUGAUGCUGUCUCCGUUCAUCCAGGGCCCCCCAGACGUGGAGAUCAUCCGCAACUCACCCACACUCAGGACACUCGCCAAACUGCUGUCCGACUACAUGCCCAAGGUAGGUAGGGGACCACAACCACACACAUCACACACAGCCGGAAUGGAAUGGAAUGCAGAUCGGAUUCCCUCUUUGUGGUGUGCUGUGUGUGUUCAUUGAUAUUAUACGUGUCAGUCUUGGUAUAGGAAGGGCGACGUGUCUGUGGUGUCUCGUGUGAGCUCUGUGGUGGCGAGCUACAUGAAGGAUCCCCUGCUCUACAGGGGCGGCGUGCCCUUCCGGGUUGGCUGGGAAUUGCUCGAAGCUGGCUCUAAAGCUAAGGCUCAGGCGCACGUAAGUCUCACACACACAGGUCAGCACACACAGGACAGGGAAGGGCCUGCAUAUCUGUGUGUGUGUGUGUGUGUGUGGAAUCACUCAGGAGUUGCGUGUGCCGGUGUUUUUGUGUCACGGCGAGAUGGACAAGCUGGCCUACCCCGAGGGCACCAUGUGGAUGCUCCAGGCCCUCACAGGCACUCAAGACAAGACUCUCAAAAUCAUCCCACAAGCCUACCACGGUAUAUACACGCAAAUGAGCGCACCGCACCCAGCCCAGCCACCCACCACAGACAGACACCUCAUUGAGGUGUGCGUGUGUAUUAAUGUCUGUCGUCAUGUGAUUGAUCAGAGUUGCUGCACGAGGUCGAGUGGCGUGACGUGUUGGGCGACAUCAUCACCUGGAUCCAGGUCCGCAUCCACAGACACUCACCGCCCAUGCGCCCGCAGCAGCCACACCCCCACACCCUUGCUACUCAACCUGACGACCAAGACCAGCAACAAGACCCAUCAGCACCACCACCGGAACCACGAGGCCUCUCCCCACAAGCGUCCUUAUCAGGGGAGGACGUCAAGUCGUCGGCCGCCAUUGCCGCAUCGAGUGAGCAGCCGAGGACGUCUGUGUCGACACCGGAGGCAUCGCCAGUGGACCGCGAAUGAAGGAGGCAUGGCAUGCAGGGCAGGAGGGAGGGGAGGGAGCAUGUGCAGCGCAGAGGGAGGGAAGAGGCCCGUCUCCCUGCCUGCCUGUGUGUCCGGCCCGCCUCACAAAACGGGUGUGGGCGGGCGGCCGAUGUGGGCGGCGGAAGGGCAGGUCGAUGAUUCCCUCAGUGCACAGGGCAGAGAGGAGAAUGUUGUG